AUGUCUGAUUCCGUUAAGCCACAAGCUUCGCUUCAAGAGGAUAUCCACGCCUCCCCAUCUGAGGACUUGAACGAGAAUGGAGGGAUCCAGAAAGUUGACACAGUCCAUGGCGACGAGGCUGUGAAGGUCCUUCUCGCGUAUGAUGGGGACCCUAACUGGACCGCGGAGGAAGAAAAUAGACUGCGCAGGAAAAUCGACUUCAGGCUACUGCCUGUCCUCUGCGUCACAUACGCGUUUCUCUACGCGGACAAAGUCCUUCUCGGACAAGCAGCUCUGUUUGGAAUUAAAGAAGACCUCGGCUUGGAUACCGGUAAUCGUUUCUCCAUGGCGUCUUCCAUAUUCUAUCUUGGCUUCAUCCUCGGGGCCUACCCGGUCAUUCUUUUGGCACAGCGGUUCCCGAUUGAGCGGGUCGCAUCCCUGGUUAUCAUGAUCUGGGGAAUUACUCUGAUCCUGACGCCUGCCUGUCACGACUUCCGCGGUGCAUAUGCACAGAGGUUCUUUCUUGGUAUGACUGAGGCCGGUGUCAGCCCCAUGUUCAUGAUGAUCGUUGGCGGAUGGUACAAAAAGGACGAACAGUCCUUAAGAAUGGGUGCCUGGUAUUCAUGUACAGGCUAUGUAUCCAUGUUUUCCCCGCUAGUUAACUACGGGAUUGGACAUCUCAAAGGACCCCUGAGGCCAUGGUACUACAUGUACUUCUUUGCCGGUGGACUCACUAUUAUCUGGGGCGUACUCGUUUACAUCCUGCUCCCACCCGACCCCAUCCGCGCGAAAGGGUUCAGCAAGCGACAACGAUUCAUCGCAGUUUCACGGAUGAGAACGAACAACUCUGGCGUGCGCAAUAUGCAUUUCAAAGCCAGCCAGGCAGUUGAGUUUCUCUUAGAUAUCAAGUUCUGGCUUAUUUUCCUUUUCGCAUUCACCGGGAUGUUUGCUAAUGCCCCGAUCUCGACAUUCCAGCCCCUGAUUAUUAGCAGAUUUGGGUAUAGCGAGCUCAACUCGUUGCUUCUAAUGAUACCCGGGGGCUUCUAUGCUGGCUCUAUGAUGCUGAUAACAACAUACCUUGCAUAUAAAUUUGCCGGCUGGCGAGCAUACAUCAUUAUCCUCUGCCAGUUGGUAACGACGCUGGCAAGCCUGCUGCUCUGGCUUCUGCCCCGAUCAGCACUUGGCGGAUUGCUCUUCGCCAUCUACAUACUCCCAACAACCGGCGCCGCCUAUGCCGUCAUGAUGGGUCUCUUUCUUGCCAAUAAUGCCGGGUAUACCAAGCGCUCUCUAGCGUCUUCGGGGCUGUACAUCGGCUACUCCCUCGGCAAUUUUGCGGGUCCCCAAGUCUUUAGACAGCAAGAUGCACCCAAGUAUGCAUUGGGGUUUAUCGUCGUAGUCGUCACGGCGCUCGUUGCCGCACUUCUUGUAUUGAUCUAUCGGAUCAUAUGCGCUAUUGAAAACAAACGUCGCGACAGAAUGGGCGCCACGGAAGACUUUGAUCAUGCCUUCGAGGAUGACGUGACUGACAAGAUGGUUACCCCGCAGUAUGCAUACACGUCUUCUUAUUCCCCGCCCCGGCUCUCAGUCGGUUCUCUCUUUAUACUGCUGCAAUGGACGCGUCUCGAUGGGUGCAGUUCUCCGGCCCGGGAGCACCACGCAAGCGAGCCCAGAUUGCAUGCGUUUUGUGUCAUUCCAAAAAAAGUUAGAAUCGGUGAAGGGCACCGCAAAUGCUCUCACUGCGUUUCUGCUGGAAAGGAUUGCCGCCCUCGGCCAUCUAAACGGGACAAAGGACGGCUUGCAGCUGCGAUCGAAGGGCCGAGCUCCUCUUCACAGGAUACAGUGUGCGAUUUCUCCAUUGUAUCUGCACCCUUCAUCGACAAUGGUGGUGGCCGUAGUGCUGAUAGCCCAGGCAAUGCCGGAAAUGGAGCAGCCCGGGAUGGGACAGACAGCAACCUUUUUGAUUUCAGUACCGACAACUUCAUACAGUCUGAUUGGCCUCCUCCGCCCCAGGCAGGGGUUGAGAACCGUACUGUAGAAAUGGGGAUCAGCAAUGCACAACCAGUGCCGAACGGGCUAACAAUCAUAACACCAACAGCUCUGCCAUCACCACAUGACAGUGUGGAUCGCGGAAUCCAACCUGUCCGAGGGCCAGGUAGUGCUGCGGCUAGUCAUGUUGAAGCCGCCCUGAUACCCAGAGGGGAUACCACUCGAGCCGUCUCACAAUUGGACCUCCGACAGAGCUUCAUAGAGACGUACUUUAACUACUGCUACAGUUGGUGUCCAGUUCUGGACAGGUCAACCUUGUUAGAAGACCUCUCACAGUCUCCCAUACUCGAUAAUGCACUUGCACUUGUGGGAACACAUGUCCAUCCUCCACUUAUUCCACUGCCACAGCCUGCAAGCUACUACGACCGCGCACGACGACUCUUCUACGAUGAUGAAGAGGACAAUAUCCUCAGCGCUCUGAAGGCAGUUUCAUUGUUCUACUGGUGGGCUCCACGGCCACCGUCUGUAGCCCACAAGCACUCGUCCUGGUGGUGGACGGGAAUCAUCAUCAAACUAGCCCAGCAGGCUGGUUUUCAUCGCGAAGCUACUACUGGCAAAGGACAGUCAGACAUAGAGUACGCAUGCAAGCGGCGGAUUUGGUGGACGGCAUUUGCCCGCGAACGGCUCACGGCAAUUUGCCAGGGUAAGCCAUGUCUCAUAGACCCUGACGAUUGCAACAUACCGCCACCAUCGCUGGAGGACUUCUGCGAGCUUGAACUUGAAGAUAAAACCAGAGCCGAGGUCUUUAUACACUGGGUCCGCCUUUGCACCAUCAUUGGGCGCAUUGCAAAAGAACUGUCGCGAUACGCAAAUGCACCCACAUCUCCUAGGGCUGCCCUUCCUGUAGACUUGGGGAUGGACCUGAUUGAAUGGAUCAGGUCGCUUCCUCAACAUUUACAGCUUCCAAUCGGUAAAGUCCAUACACCUAACUUCAGCCGGGACAUUCACCAAAUGCAUCUCCCCUAUCUCGCCGUAAUCGUAGUCCUUCAUCUUACUAGAUCAGCGCAAUCUCUCCCACAGGCUCUACCACCAGCAACGCUAGCUGGGUCAUGCACCGCACGCAUCCUGAAGGACGUCCUAAUGCGAAGCGAAGUCCGAUUUCUCAUGCCCAUUACUUGCUGGUACGUUGGGAUGGGCUUCAUCGGGCUCCUGCAAGCCUCGCGAAGCGAGCAUCUUAAAGAAGGGGCCCUUGCAGACUUGGAGAUCCUCAUGCUAGCCAUAAAGCAGCUAAAAGGCAUGUGGGCGACUGCUGCAGUCUUCGAGCAGACCUUCGACAGAUUGCGUUCCGACAACCGCUGCCUCAGUCCGGAGGAAUUCCCCAACCGCCAUCUGGGAAACGAACAGUCGACUCGGGCUCUUCAUUCGGAGCAACAGGUUCUGCAAAGCGGUAUCGACUGGAUGGAGUAUUUUCCGUUCGUCACGGCCCAAACUAGCCUUGUUGCUGAGAGGCUGCUGGCCGGCCAAGAUAUUGAUGUUGAGUUUUGGAAUGGGGUUGAUGAAACGGCAUUUAGCUCCAUUCCACAUUUUCAGGAUUUUAUGGGAGGGUUAGAUAGCUGGGUUGAUCCCGCGUCUUUUAUUUGA